AUGCUGCGCUUCUCCAUCGCCCUCCUGGGCGCCCUACUGUGAGUGGGGACGCUUGCGCAGAGCAAGAUAGCCUGCUGUGCUCUUGAUGACGGGCAAGGGCAAGAAGUGCUGACUAGUACAUUCCUCGAUUCGCCCUCUGCAGUGCAAUCUCGGCAUUUGCCGCUCCGCAUGGUCAAGCCAACAAGGAGCAGACCAUGCAAGGCUUCGUAUCCGACCCUGCAAAGAGGUCAGAUUUGCAAAUCCGCGCUCCGAUUACCGUGGUGCUAGACACGCCUCAGACCCACGGCAAGCACAAUGGCGUGUGGAGAGGCAAAGGUUGGGCAAAGCAGCAACAGACCAUCGGAGCGAAUGACUCUCCUAAUCAUGAUGGUGGAAAGGUGCACGCGGUGGAUACGACGAUGAGCAACCAUGCACCUGGUGCACACGACAAGCAGCAUGGUCAGACGUGGGCGGUCAUUAAACAAAGGAGCCUGCCUGCUGAAGCAGAAGGACAUCUUGUACAAAGGGCUAAUGAAGGCGGCGCAGCGCAGGACGCCCGUCUCUUCUACACCCCUCACGCUUCGCCCCCCAUGCUUCGCGGCAGAGGUUGGCAAAUGGGCAAAAGGAGCAUCCUCACUUCUGCACCGUCCUCGGCGCGAGUGGAGAAGAGGGCUCAUUUCGAGAUGAUUUCCACUGAAACUUUUUAUCCCAGACCCAGCACCAACAGUGACGGGCCGACAAAGCCUAAGAAGCGCUCCAUUUCCUCCUCCGACGUAAUUACGAAAAGGGCGCCUUUGAAGUUGUUCAAAAGGCUAUUUGGCGGACUGCAGCAACAUUACGACAAGGAGGCGAUCAUGUACGCCCUGACGCAACCUUGCGAGUCCAACAACAGCAUUCCAAGAAAUUGCAGACCUGUGACCGAGUACAAGGGAAAGGUGCUCGGUUUCUAUGAUACGCUCGAUGCGGCUCAGGAGGUGCUCAAUGAGCAAAAAGCCGAGGCAGCGGCAGCCAAAGCCGAGGCGGAAGCCAAAGCUAAGGCAAAAGGAAAAGGAAAAGGAAAAGGCGCCGGAUCGGGUGGGAGCAAGGGUGGUCCAGGAGGGAUCAAAAGACGUGAUCAGCCCGAAAUGAUUGAUGACGUUCAGAUUUUGUCGAGCAUGAAACGACGGGACGUUCCUGCGCAGGCACGCCCAGCAUCCGGUCUUGAGAAGAAGGCGCACCUCGAGACGAUUUCCGACUCGGCAGCGCACGAUGCACGAUCGAGAAGGAGCGAGCUGAGGCUAUCGAGACGAUCCGAUGAACAUGAUCAUGACGCUUUGCCAGUCACAAAGUUGAUGAGACGACUGACCAAACCGCCAGGCUUGGAUUUUGACGCCAUCCGAUACGCCAUUAUUGCACCUUGUUCCUUGUUCCCUUACACGACGACACCAGUGACAUGUAGACCCGACUUGACCGACGCAUCAGGUUCGCCUCUCGGUUUUAAAGAUACGUUGCGUCUCGCUCAACACGUGCUCAAUCAGGAAAAAAUCCGAGCUAGAGCUGCUGCUGCUGCUGCAGCUGCUGCCAAAGCGAAAGCCAGCAGGAGUAAAGGCGGAUUGAAGCCUUCGCCUGCAAAGCGACCCGUCGCAAGUCCCAAAAGAGGACCUGUGGCGCCGCGUGCAACUUCACGAACCAAAGGUCCAGCGAAGCCGCCUGCGAGACGACCAGUGACUUCGCCGACCGCGUGA